AUGGCUAAGAAUUAUGUUAAUAAAUUUCGUGGUGAAAGUUUUUUUACUCCAAACAGAAAAUUACAUAUAAAAGAUGAGCCCGUGUCGCCUAGUGAAGAAGAGUUCGUGGAUUACAAUAAUUUUGACUUCGCCUGUAUAAAUGAUUAUGGUAGUAUGAAAAAAUCAUUAUCAAUGAAUGACAUAGCAGCUUUGAAAGAUUUUGCAAAAUUGGAUUUACAAAAUGUACAAGAGCAAGAGCCAAGAUAUCGCAGACCUACCACCGGCAGUAGUCAAGAUUUGUCUAAACCAAAGUUUAUUUCGUUGGCCGAGUCUAUUUAUCAUUUUCAACGUGAUACACCUGGACGCUUCCAUUCAACUCGUCCUCAAAUGUUUCGCUCUCAGUGUAACACAGGACCCUCUGGACUUACUGUGCCUCAAUCUCCAAUGCUUCGGUGUAAAGCACGAUCAAGACCAAUUCAUACUAUGUCGCAAAAAGAAAAGGAGGAAAUCGAAGUAGAACAGAUGAAAAAUUUCAAAAUAAAGGCUCAUCCUGUACCUAAAUCAGUGAUAGAAGGCACCAAGAAUUUACCAGAGGUACCUAGAAAACCUGCUACAAUUCCAGAACCGUUUAAGUUAACUGAGAUACAUAAGAAGACAAUCCAUUCCCCAAUAACUGUCCAGAAUUUUAAAGCUCGUCCUGCUCCCAAACAUAUAUUAGAGAAACCUCAAGUACCACCUAAGCCACUUGUAUACACUACUAAAGCAUUAAGUCCAAACUUUCAUUACAGACGAGGUCAUUCGGCUGAUCAAAUUAAGUGUCGUUUGGCUGAUCAAAUUAAGUGUGAUAAGAAAAAUAACAUUUUUAUGAAAGAAAUACAGAAACAGCCAAAGCCAUGUGAAAUUGUUCAAAGACAUGGACCUGUACGCCCAGAACCUUUUUCAUUUGAGAAGAGGGAUGAAGAGAUGAGAAAACGCAGGGAGGAAAGAAUUAAACGUCAGUUGGAGGAAGAAAGGAAAUUAGCAUCUCAGUUUAAAGCCCAGCCUUUACCAGCUGCAGUGAAAAAGCAAAUGCACAAUGCAACCAGCAAAAGUACUGCAUCUAACGCUUCCUCAGAGAAUAAGGAGAAUCAUGUCAAAUUUGAAGCCCGCCCUCCUCUUGUUUUAUAUAAAGCACCUUUUAAACCUACCCUUCCACCAAGCCAAAUAGUUAAACCAGCUCCGUUCGACCUAAAUACAGAAAAAAGAGCUGCAGAAAGAGAGAAGUUUGAGCGGCUUUUGAAGGAAAAAGAGGAAGAGAAUGAGAUAUUAAGACAGCAGAAGGAAAGAGAACAGAAAGAAGCCGAGGAGAGAGCACAAGCAGAAUUAAGAGCCAAACUUAUUCAUCAUGCUAAGCCUAUACCAACAAUAGAACCAUUUAUUCCUGAAAAGUCUUCAGAACCUCUCACUGUGCCUGAAACACCAAAAUUUGUUAGAAGAUUGAAACAAAACUAA